GUCUCACCCCUCCCACCACCCCGCCUCACAAACCAGUGGAAGAUGAGCUCUUCAAACCUGCAGAGGGAGGAAAGGGAAGUGAGGGGACAUGUGGUGGCAGCAGUGGAGAUGGUGGAGGAUGUGGCAGCGAAUCUUCAAGCACCAACACCAGUGUCGCCACGAAGGGCUCAUCCUGGCUGAGCCGUGCUCAUCACCAGCGAAAGCUUCCAGAGCAGACUGAGCUGUAUGCCCAGCUGCGGCGCAUGGGCCAGGCCGGUGACAGCGACACCCACCGUACCUUUGGCGACCACGACUACUGCGCUCUGAGCCUUGGGGAGAGCCGCAAGCGUAGCGCCGCCAUGCUUGGCGCCAUGUUGCAGGCCCAAGGAGGGAGCGAUGCAGUUAGCAUCCAAACACCAAAAGCAGCUGACGAUCAGGUAUCAGACGGAAAGGAGAACGGGGAAAGGCUGGUGGUGUCAGAAGUCGCAGAACUGCUUGAGCAGCAGACGACAGUGGUGAUAUCAUCAUCGCCGCCGUCACACUGCCAGUCGGUAGCUGCCACCCCGCCGGUCUCAGAGGAAGAGGCAGAGCGCUCCUGUGCAUCUCGCUCACCCUCGCCGAUCCUUCAUCUGUGUCCCGACUCCCCGGCCAGCAAGACAGACUCCAG